GACAAGUGCAGCCCCAAAUGGAAGGAUGAAUCCCAGUUCCAUUUACGUCCUCGCCGCGCUUAAUGGCGCAAACCCAAGUAAUUUUCUUCUUUUGUCGGGAUCCACCUCGCGCAGCUUCACAACGCUCGCGUAUUGUGAUUAUCGUGUGAGGCGGUGCGUGAAGCCUUGAAGUACGUAAAACCGCGUAAACUCCGCGUAUUAUUCCGCCGUAGAGACGUGGUUCGCGGUGUUUACUCUCGAGAUCUUUCUAAUUGUUUCGGAAACUUCCCCGCGGACUUCCUUAACUCGUUGCGCGCGAGUUACGUAUACACGUGCAUGUGCGUCUCACAUACGUGGGUGAAGAUGAAGUGCUCUUCGAUGAUAUUGCUGCUAUUCGCUUUCUUUGGCCAGUGCAUCGUUUGCUCUUCGCAGAUUGUCCGAUGUACCACGGUGCGAGUGAAUAACGGAAGAAGUCGCGUUCGGGGUCGAGGUAGAAUCAUAAGGUACAAUUGUUUCGACGGAUUCACUCUCGUGGGCAACAAAUAUUCCACGUGCGUACGCGGCCAAUGGGACACACCUAUUCCCGUGUGUGUUAAAUCGGGAUGUCCCGCACCACCUGCGCAGGAGCACUUAAUGGUAGCAUCAAAAUUAAGCGGUGCAAUAUUAAUGUUCUUUUGCGAACCUGGCUACUCCCUGACCGGCAGUGCUGAAAUUUAUUGCGACGGACGCCAAUGGAAUGGAACGAUUCCUUAUUGUAAAAACACGAACGUGACCGCGCCGACAAAAUGCGACUUUGAAAGUUCGGAUCUUUGCUGGUGGGAACAAGAUCCGCAGCACGAUUUUGAUUGGAAACGUCAUAACUUCGAGACACCGAGUUUACACAUCGGUACCGGUCCGACGCACGAUCAUACUCUAGGAAUCGGAAAUGACGGACAUUAUCUUUAUAUCGAGGCAUCCGGACGAUUGGAGAAUGAUACGGCGAGAAUCAUAUCUCCUUUAUACAAUUCCUCAUUGACCGAAUCAGGAUGUUUCUCAUUCUGGUAUCAUAUGUACGGUGCCACGAUCGGCUCAUUGAACAUAUAUUUCAAACAAGAAGAUGCUGCGCCGCGAUUGAUAUUCACCAAAAGUGGAGAACAAGGAAAUCAAUGGUUCCAUGGUAUUGCCAAUCUACCGAAAGCUAAUGCCAGUUUUCAGAUUACUAUAGAAGGAGUGCGAGGUCCCAAUUACCUGAGCGAUAUCGCAAUAGAUGACGUCGCUAUUUUACAAGGGGAAGAAUGCAUUGUUAAAAAUGAAUCUACUAGCGUAACCGUAGGCGAUGAUGAUCAAGUCGAAGUAGUUAACGCGCAACAAACCUGUCGGGACAGAUGCGUUUCGUGGGAAAGCGUUGUCCCCAUGCCCCCGCGUCCGAAGAGCCUCAAAUCCGAAGAAUUCGGGCCGGAGAGUUGCCAUUGCACGAUCGAUUGUGUGGAACGCUCUAUUUGCUGCCCAGAUUACGCUGAAUAUUGUAUACUAGGAUACAGCACAGCACUCGACAGUGUCACGGGGUCACCGAGUAAAACCACAACGCCGAAGUAUUCCGCUCUGACUGGAUUUCCUAUAAAUCCGAAGGAUAACAUCGAUCCAGGUAUGUCCAACUCGACGACGUCGACGACGAUGCGAAGGUCCACGAUCACGACCACAACGGCCAAAGUCCAAACCAAGAAACCCUCGCCGAGGACAACGCCUGCGAGGACAACGCCUGCGAAGCCAACGCAGCAAGUGGAAACGAAGGAAACGCCUUUCUUAUCCGAGAUAACUUCGACGAAACACAUAGAACUUCAGGAUCGACCUGAUAUACACAACGUGGAACAGAAUCCGGAAAAGGUGAAACAAGGUAGAGGCAUUGAAACACUGGAGAUCGUCGCCGCAGUGGGUGCAACUUUGGUCGUACUCUCCGUAGCACUUGCGAUAGUAAUUAUCGUCAUUAGAAGGAGGAAAACUUACAAGAGAGGAGCGAGCGGAUCGGCGCUCUCGGAGGACAGCGAUGUCCGUUUUUUGACAUCGGACGAAAUCCUUGAUUUUAAUUUAGCCCGACCUACUGAUAACGACGAAAUGUAGCCCUACGUUAUUAAAUCCUCCUUUAAACAAGUUUAAAUUAAAUGGAUCCUUUGAUUAAAUAAUUUUGUUGACAAAUUGAUUAAGCAAAUUGGUAGAAAACGAGUGGAACAUAAAAUCGCAGCUGUAUUUUAUUUUUAUUUAUCAUUAUCGUCCAAUUUUUUUAUCCUUUCCAUGGGCGAUACAAAAUUUUUUAUUUUUGCUUCUUUUGAGGAAACUCUCUAUGUUGCUCUAAAAUUCACGUUGUAUAUAUAUUUUUGUGACUAUCUUGAAAACCAAAUCUAUGACCAAAGAAACUUAAUUCUCUUGCGCUAAUAAUAAAUAUUCUUGCGAAAU